GAGUGUAUUGGAUCCGAGAGCUAGUUCGGUGUGUGGUCAAUUGAUUAAAUGAUAAAAUUUGAUUUACCCAUUCUUUAACUAAACAUGAAGUGUAACACCAAUUUGACUAUUUUGAGAAACAGGCAUUCGAUGGGAGCCAACAAAACAUCGCAUAUCUCUAGCGCGUAUCUGUGUAUAUCGUUUCUCGCAUUUGACAGCUGUACGCACAAAGAAACAUCCGAUGUUUUCAUCGUCCCAUGCGUAUUUCUCUCGUCUGUUUCUUUGCACGCUCUCUCUCUCUCUCUGUCUGUAUCUCUGCCUCUCAUUCUUUCUCUUGUCCACUCUUUCGUUUGACACACCAUAUUCGACCGGCUUAUUCGAUGUUUCGUUGUUUACUCACAAAAUAAACGAGAAUCAUUCGAUUUGGCGUGUAAACGAUACACACAUUUGGUUGGCAUUAGGUAGAAUGAAGAAUCGUACGAUUCUACGUGUAUGGUGAAUUAAGUCAAAAAUAUCGCAUGAAUCAUACACGACGCUCUCUAUUUGACGUAAAUGCAGCGGAGGUCGAGCGAAUAAGCGCGGACGCGCACACACGAAAAACAAGCAAAAUUUUACGAAAAAUUUCGAAAAGCGUCAUUUCAGUACUACUCGUUCAUUCAUUCAAUAAAGUUAUCGUGUUGCCGUAGCUCGUAUUUUUUAAUCAUUUGCGCAAAGAUAAGAGACACUUUCGUAGCUUCAACCUGUGUGUAAUUGUUAAGACUUUGUUUUGAGCUUGGUUAAGUAUAACAAAGAAAGUCAGACUACUCACACGUAAGAAACGAAUAGCAGCAACGUGCACACUUCAUCCACAUAGCAUACGGUCAUCGUGGCAUGAUUCAGAAGCCCCAACGUCAACAACAUUCAUACAACGAACGAACGAACGUGCAACUAGUGUUUUCAGUGCAAUUUAUGUUUAUAGUUCAUUUAUAAAAUAAAACACAUUUCUCGUUUUGCUCAUUUUCUGCCGUCUUCUUUCCAUUCACAAGAAAUCGAUCGGUUUCAAUAAUUCCAUCAAUUUGAAUUGAAUCGAUUGAUUUGCCGAUGUUCAUGUGAUUUCCUCAAUUGAACCGUAAACAGUGUGUGAAAACGUUUUUGAAUUUUAAUUCAAUAAAAAAAGAAGAAGUAUCAAAGAGACAAAAUGAAUGAUAAUGGACGCGGCCAGCUUCUUAUACACAAAUCGAAUGGCGUAUACACACCAACCACUGAGCCACGGGCUCCAAAAUGGGGACUAUUGCUGAUGGUAACUACGUUCGCCAUGACGAUUGGAACUGGUAUUCCAGUCGGAUACAACAUUGGCGUAAUGAAUUCCCCAUCUAGUUUUAUGAAAAAAUGGUGUAAUCAAACUAUAAUUCAACGAUAUGAUAAGUAUUUAAGUGUUGACCAGUUGGAAACGCUAUGGUCGACGAUCAUUUCGAUAUUUUUGGUUGGCGGUUGUGUUGGAUCACUAUUCGCCGCUUCACUAGCUGAUAGAUUUGGCCGGAAAGGGGCACUGCUGACUUGCGCAAUUUUGUUUGCGAUCGGUGCGGUAUUGUUCGGCUUUUGUCGUGCAUUGUCGUCCGUUGAAGUGUUGAUCGUGGGAAGAUUUAUCGUCGGCUUAUCAUCCGGUGUGACAACGGCCGUGCUUGGAAUGUACUUAGGUGAAAUUGCACCGUCUGAACUACGCGGAACAUUGGGCACAUUCUCUGGAUUAGGUGUAACUGCUGGUGUGGUCGUCGCUCAAGUUGCAAGUUUGCAAGAACUACUCGGCACGGACGAAUUGUGGCAUUAUGCGCUUAGUUUUUAUAUUGUACUGGUUAUUGUUUGUUUCCUGCCGUUUAAAUGGUUCCCCGAGAGUCCAAAGUACUUGUUUGUUGUCGCUGGCAAACGUGAUGUAGCACGAAAUGAACUGAUGCGGUUGCGUGUGGGUGAAGGAAGCGACGAUUUACUUAACCGUAUCAAUGCUGAACUGAUAGCAAUGGAACAAGAAGCGGCCACACAAGCUGACACCCGUUCAAUUUGGUCGGUACUGACUGAUAGCACCCUUUUUUUGCCGCUCGUGUUGAUUUGUGCCUUGAUGGGUGGUCAGCAAUUGUCCGGUGUCAAUGCUGUAUUCUACUAUUCCGUCGAUAUUUUCGAAAAAGUCGGCUUAAGUGAAGUGAAUGCAAAAUGGGCCAAUUUAGGUGCUGGCAUUUUGAAUCUAAUGGUGGCAUUCACUGGGCCAAAAGUCAUGGAGAAAAUCAAUCGUCGUACAGUUAUCAUUAUUUCAUGUUUGCUCAGUGGCGUUUUCUUGGUGAUGCUUUCAAUUGUUAUGAAAUACGUUGAUGUCAUCUCAUGGUUCCCAGUGGCAUGUGUAUUAUCGGUCUUUGGAUACAUUAUCGCCUAUCAAUUUGGCCUCGGUCCAAUACCGUUUUUCAUCGGAACGGAACUGUUCGAGAUUUCAACACGACCAGGUGCUAUGUCGAUCGGGUCACUAGCAUCAUGGGCUGGUAACUUUUGCAUCGGCAUGACAUUUUUGCCCAUGAACAAUGCCAUCGGUGCCUUUGUAUUCCUGCCAUUCGCAGUAGUUUGCUUCCUAUUAGUUGCCUUAAUGUACGUUUAUCUACCAGAAACAAGAGGCCGCGAAGCAGCCGAUAUUGCGCCUAUCGUUUCAAGAGGAUUUCGGUCGAGACGCUUUUAAUUCCGAUAAAACGAUUGAAAUUGUUCGAUGAUUUGCACAAAUCAUUCUUAUCAUAAUUCGCCUAUUUGUAUUGAGAUAUAGACUAUAUUUUACCAAAUUCAGCAUUUUUCGAAAAUGUUGUAAACAUUGACAAUAAGAUUUAAUAUUAAAGUUAAAGUUAUAAAUUAACAAACAAGAUUAAAA